CCCUGCAGCCUUCCCUGCCGCUCCACGUGAUGCUUCGGGACAAACUUCGGGUUGAAAACCCCCCGGUUUGGGUCGGCGCGGAAGGCGGCGGCGCCGGCUGCGGCGCCUCCAGCAGCAGCAUGGUGGGUUGGGCGGUGCGGGCGCUGCUGCUGCUGCCCCUGGGGCUGUGCUGGCCGCCGGCUUCCCCAGAGGAAAACACAACAAGGGAAGUGAAGCUGUUCUUCUUGCAGAAGUUUCUCGGCGCUUUGGAUGCAGAAGAUGUUUUCUCUUACUUUGGAACCAGCUCAGCCUCGGAUGUACCCGAGUUUGUUGUUGCUGAGCCAACUUGCCCUUGUAAGGAAGCACAGAUUGGGCUGAUGUCCUGUCGAAUUCAACACUGCUCCUUUGAGGCCUGGGGAGAACUCUAUGCCUUUGAGUUUCUAGAGGACCAUGCCCUCCUUUCUUCUUCCUUCGUGAGCCACCAAGUGGUGAACUCUUCCUUUAGCCUCCUGAAGCAAUUCUCCAGCAACUGCUUUGCAGGUGGCAAUCCACUGCAGCCUCCUGGGGCAGAGUGUAGAGUCACUUACUGUGAAGGGCAGCUGCAAGGAGUCGUCAUUGCAGAUGAGGAAAAGAUUCAUAUCAGGCCUGUCAGAAGCAAAGAUGUGGCCCUGCUGAAGGACCUUGGCUUCUCCAGACCCCACAUUGUCUUCAGAAACCCUGCAAGAGGGGAAGGUACAGCAAGAGCAGGGCCUUUUCCUUCUCGCCUGCAGAAGAGGGCUGAGGGAGCUGUCAAACAUCUGGAGCUGAUGGUUAUAGCAGGCCCAGAUGUUUACUUGUACCACAAAGAGGACACGGAGCGAUAUAUCCUUGCCAACCUGAACAUUGGGGCAGAGCUGCUGAGAGAUCCCUCCCUGGGUGCUCAUUUCAGGGUUCAUCUUAUGCAAAUGCUUGUUUUGAGGGAAGCAGAGGCAGAGGUGAACAUCACAACAAACAUCACCUCCUCACUGAUCAGUGUUUGUGAGUGGAGCAAGAAGGUCAACCCCCAGAAUGACUCUGACCCCCAGCAUGCUGACAUUGUCCUCUAUGUCACCAGGUUUGACUUGGAGUUACCUGAUGGGAACAAGGAGCUACGUGGAGUGACUCAGUUAGGUGGAGUCUGCUCCUCCUUCUGGAGCUGUGUCAUUACCCAGGACACUGGCUUUGACCUGGGAGUUACCAUAGCCCAUGAGAUUGGGCACAGUCUUGGAAUCCCCCACGAUGGAGAGGGCAAUGGUUGCAGCAGCAGUGGUUACAUCAUGGGCUCAGCUGGAAACCACAGCAGCAUCGACCUCUCCUGGUCACAGUGCAGCCGGGAAGAGUUUCUGGCCUUCGUCAGCACAGGCCAAACAAACUGCUUAAAUGACCUGCCGGACACGGACGGCAGCAUCCCUGGGUGGAAGCCUGGCCUGUACUAUGGAGCAGAUGAGCAAUGCAAAAUAGCCUUUGGGAGUGCUGCCACAGUGUGCACCUUUGCUGACAGCAAUGUUGACAUAUGUGAAGUUCUCUCAUGCCAUGUAGAACCAGGAGACAAAUCCAGCUGUAAUCGGCUUCUUGUUCCCCUCUUGGAUGGUACUGAGUGUGGUAUCAAUAAGUGGUGCUCCAAGGGACAGUGCAGCUCUCUGGAAGAGCUGAACCCCAUGGCUGCAGUCCAUGGGCAGUGGUCUGCCUGGAGCCCCUUCUCCUCCUGCUCCCGCAGCUGCGGAGGUGGAGUCGUGACACGGCAGCGGUUCUGUAACAACCCCAGGCCUGCUUUUGGGGGACAAGAAUGUGAUGGUACCAGCAUCCAAGUGGAGAUGUGCAAUACUCAGGCCUGUUUGAUGACUCAGGAGGAUUUUAUGGCUGAACAAUGUGCAGCAACAAAUUUAAAGCCACUGUAUCUCACUGUGGAAACACCAUCGUUUUAUACCUGGACUUCUGCUGUUGGCUUUGCCAAAGGGGACUUGCUGUGCAAGCACAUGUGCAGGGCUGUUGGAAAGGAGUUCAUGGUCAGCCGUGAAGACAGUUUCACAGAUGGAACCAGAUGUGAGCAGGAUGAGACUGGGCAGCACGGGGCUUUCAAUCUGUGUGUAAUGGGAAGCUGCAGAGCUUUCGGGUGUGAUGGCCAGAUGGACUCCAAGAAGAUACUGGACUCUUGCAGAGUCUGUGGGGGUGACAACACCACUUGCACUGAAGUGAGUGGAUCUUACACAGAAGGAAAAGCUAAAGAGUACGUUACGUUUCUGUCCCUGCCUCGUGGCGCCACCUCGGUCCGUGUUACCAAUCAGAGACCACUCUUCACACAUCUGGCUGUGAAGGUUAAGGGAGACUACGUGAUUGCUGGAAAGGGAAAGAUCUCACUGAAUGUCACCUAUCCAUCUGUUCUGGAGGACAGCCAGGUCAAAUACAAAGUGUUUCUCACCAAGGACAACCUUCCAAGCCUGGAGGAAGUCCAUGUGGAUGGGCCAACAGAAGAAGAAAUUGAAAUACAGGUCUAUCGGAGGUAUGGAAAAGAAUAUGGCAAUGCCACCAACCCAGACAUCACCUUCAGCUACUUUGUUCCCAAAGACAAUCUGACCUAUAAGUGGAUUCCUCAGCAGGGACCGUGUUCAGUGACCUGUGGGGAAGGGACACGACCAGUGCAUCAUGUGUGCUUUGACCAGUCAAAGAAUGAAGUAGCAGAGGAUCAGUGGUGUCUGGAGCUGCCACAGCCCCUUGCAGAGCACAAGCCCUGUGCCAUGCAGCCGUGUCUGUACAGGUGGAAGAUGUCUCAGAUAGAUGAAUGCUCUGCUGCCUGUGGAACUGGAGUUGCCCAACAGAAUCUGACCUGUGUCCAGUUUCAUGAUGGAUUGGAGACUGUUGUGGAUGACAGCUUGUGCCCAGCAGAAGAGAAACCCCUCUCCACUGUGCCAUGUGUGGUUAAUGUCUGCCCUUUAGGCUGGGAGAAAGAGGAAGAUGCAAACUUACUGCAGACAUCGGAGUCACUCGGGCAUAUCCAGCUGGAAAAUCAGACCGUGUAUGUCUGGAGCCCUCAGGCUGGAGAGUGUUCUGUCUCCUGUGGUAGAGGUGAGACUCAGCUACAAUAUGUCUGUGUGGCUUUUGACACCAAAGAACAAACCCAAGAGGAAAACUGUCAUCCAGUGCCAAAGCCAGAGAGCAGGGUGGAAGUCUGUGAUCUCAGUCCCUGCCCACCAAGAUGGAAGGUGACCCCAGGUGGCCCCUGUUCCUCCAGCUGUGGGCUCGGGUUGGCUGUUCAGCUGGUCACCUGCGUGCAGCUUCACCAAGGCAAGGAGGUUUUGCUGGAGGAGCAUCUGUGUCCUGUGGCAGAGAAGCCCCUUCCCAGUGUGCCCUGUGUCAUCCGGACGUGCUCUUAUGAGUGGAGCUUCAGUGAGUGGACAGAGGAAGUGGUUCUGCAAUCCAAAGAUAAAGUUUGGAAGAUUCCCUGGGAGUGUUCAGCUUCCUGUGGGAAUGGCAUCCAGACUCGGCAGGAUUUCUGCCUCAACUCUCUGACCCGUGGGCACGUGAGCCCCGUCUUCUGCAGGCACUUCCCCAAGGCCAUCGUGGUCCGUGGCUGCUCUGCAGGGCCCUGUCCUGAGCAAGUGGCUGGGGCUGGCUCCCCUGGAGCAGAACUGCAGACAGUGACACCAGCCACACAUCUGACCACAGCUGCAGCUGCCAAAGAGGCAAGAUACAAGGAGCUGGGUCUUCAUCCACCUGCUGUGCUGCAGGAACAGACAAAGACCGGUGCAGGUGUCUGUGGAAGGCUCUUUCUUAACCCCAGUGGGAUGAUCAACAUGACGGGUGCGGAGAGUCGCGACUGCACAGUGGCCAUUGGGCGUCCCCUCCGGGAGGAGAUCACCAUCCAUGUCCUGGAGAGCUCCCUCAACUGCACUGCAGGUGAGGUUGUGCUGUUUUCUGGGCGAAUGAUGUGGAGGACAGGCUGCAGGAAGCUCCCUUUGUCCCUGAUAAAUUCCAGAACAAAUACACUGAUUGUGAAACAGCGAGUUUUGCUGCCAGGAAACGGGAUCAUUCUUCAGUACAACAGCAGAAAUGCAACUAAAAAAUAUUACCAAGACUGUGACAAGCAGCUGUUUGGUCCCCAAGGGGAAAUAGUGAAUCCUGUGCAGUUGCCUGAUCAAAGGCAAGGAGUGGUGUGUCGGACCUUCAUCAACGUGGCUCCGCGGCAUCGCGUAGCUAUCCGUGCCCUGUCCAUUGACCUGGGCAGUGAGAGCAACCAGACACAUUUUAAUUACAUCCUGGUCCGUGAUGUGAGCACCAUGAAGACAAUGGUGUUCCGUGGGAAGCAGCAAUUCUUCUGGCAAUCAACAGGAAGCCAAGCUGAAAUUGAAUUCCAUGAAAAUGUUAAGGAUCAUCAAACCAGUUUCUGGGCUGAAUAUCAUGCUAUUGAACCCAAAUAAAAGGGGCCACUGCACUGAGAGGGGCUGUGAAGCAGUUAGUCACUGCUGCCUGUUCACUACUUGAGUUACACAAGUUGUUUAAUCUUUUUAUAACUGCUUCCCCAUCUGUUGAGUAAGAGCAAUAACAUCUACUGACUCCUUUGGGAUCUCAGUUAAUAUUUAUCAAGGUUAUGCAAAAGACAUGGAACUACCAAAUAUUUAGCAAAUAGUCCUUCUAGGGAUUUUCUGUCUGUGUUGAUUGGUAUAAAUGCAAUUUAUGUGUCUGCACUUGGUGACUUAGACACUCACGGUCCUACGUUUAGGAUGAUUUGAUUUGUCAGUGGCUGAGUCCCAUUACAAACCUCUGUACACCACAAGUAGCUACAAUUGUGUUUUACCCAUUAAGUUCACUCUCCUACAGUGUAAAUGCCCCUUAAAACUGAGGCCCACUGAAAUUCUGCAGUGUUAUAGGGAAGGAUUAAUGAGGAUGAAUGGCUCACACAAGAAGACUAGAGACAUGUCUGGGGGCAAGACACUACCCAGGAGGGUUGUGCAGCAGGAGGACAAGUCCCUUAGAAAGCUUGAAUGUUUUCAGGAGUUGGCAAGACCUGGUCAAAGCCUGGGGACAGUUGGCUUUAUAUGGAAUGACUAAAUGACAUCCAGAGAUCCCUCCCCAGCCACCCCUUCUGUGGUUCUACUAUUAUAUAUCAGACAGCAAUACCAGUACUUCUUUUAUAUGGGAAAAUAAAAGAGUUCUGUCUCUUAAUGACUGCUUUUCUGCCAAAAUGGGUUUACCCAGCUAUGAGCAGUAUCUGUGCUGUGAAUCUGCUUGUAUGUUCAUCUUGCAGGAGCUGUGCAAUGAGAGAUUGAGACUGCACGAUACCAGUUGUAGCAGGAAGAGGUAUUUCAGUCACAAAUAUUCACUUGUUUGAUUUAAAUACAUUUUUUAAGGUUGUUUUUAUUUCAUAUAUUGAACACUUAAUGUCUCAAACCAUUGGACCAUGCUUUGGUCCAAAUCUUUCAUCCUCUUCAAAACCACAGUACCCUGCUCAUAGGGUCUUUUCCUUGCCUGGAGCCUGGCUGGACACAUGUGCCUUUUCUCUUCACCCUGGAGACAAGAAAUGGUUCUGCCUGGGCAGUUUUAACCCUGCUUCUGCUUUCUUUCAGUUGAAUUCUUUGACAUCUUUUUACACCCACAAAAUCUCAUUUUCUUCUGUCUUCUCCAUAGCUUUUUUUUUGCUGGUUAAGCCUGGAGUUUUUUGCUUGCCAGCCUCCAGAUUUACGUUCCAUUCCUGGAAGAGCUAGAAAGUAGAUUCCUGAAGCAAGAUCCUUGAGGACCGGGAUACAUCAGCUAUUCCAGUGCAGUGCGUGGGUGAUGCAGGCACUGGGCCUUCAUUUCCUGUCUAACAGGAGAUGUUACUGAAAAGACAUCCUUUUCCUAAUCCUUUCUCUGUAACCUUUUAGCAGAUGGGAUCUGUCUUCCCACUCUGCCCUGGAUCCCAGGUCUCUUUGCUAUUUGUUGUUCCAGAUCAACUGUGCAGAGCCCCUGGGCUGCAGAGAUGGGCUCUGGUUACUGACUGGAUGCUCCAUGUUGAUUUGCAGAAGAAAAACUGCAGCUGUUGCCUUUAUAAUGGAAGGGAAUUGCUUACCAUUUGUUUGGGUACCAGGCUGCAAAGACUUACUCCCAUUUUCUAGGGAGAACACCUGAUUCCUUUCAGAUAAAGGCGAGUUAUUUCCCUCUUAUCUCCAGGGCAGAAUUCUGUAACACCAUUAAAUUCAUUUUAAUGCCAAAA